AUGCAAGCACCAGUGGUCUAUCUCAACGCUUCCACAGAAAGACAAAGUGGGCGUCAGGCGCAGGUUUCCAACAUCACCGCAGCAAAAGCUGUGGCUGACAUCAUCAGAACAUGUUUGGGUCCUAAGGCUAUGUUAAAGAUGCUUUUGGAUCCGAUGGGUGGCAUUGUGUUGACCAACGACGGACAUGCUAUUUUGAGAGAAAUCGAUGUGUCCCACCCAGCAGCAAAGUCCAUGAUUGAACUAAGUAGAACUCAGGACGAAGAAGUGGGAGAUGGAACUACUACUGUCAUCAUUUUGGCUGGAGAGAUCUUGGCGCAGACUUUCCCAUACAUUGAGAAGAAUUUGCAUCCUGUCGUGAUCAUUCAGGCCUUGAAGCAGGCGUUGAGCGACGCUUUGGAAAUCAUUCACCAAGUUUCUGUUCCGGUGGACAUUGAGAACGAUGAGGCCAUGAUUAAGUUGAUCAAGGCUUCUAUUGGCACUAAAUACAUCAACAAAUGGCUGCAAAAAAUGUGUGAGUUGUCGUUAAGGGCCGUGAAGACAGUUGCCGUGAAGCAAGGUGACUACAAAGAGAUUGACAUCAAAAGAUACGUGCGUGUGGAGAAAAUUCCUGGUGGCGAAGUUGCCGACAGUGAGGUAUUGGAUGGUAUUAUGUUGAACAAAGAUGUUACACACCCCAAGAUGAAGAGACGGAUUGAAAACCCCCGUAUCAUCUUGUUGGACUGUCCGUUGGAGUACAAGAAGGGUGAGUCGCAGACGAACAUUGAAAUCACGAAGGAGGAAGACUGGAACCGUAUUUUACAGAUUGAAGAAGAGCAAGUGCGUUUAAUUUGUGACCAACUUUUGGAAUUCAAACCCGAUGUUGUGAUCACCGAAAAGGGUGUCUCCGAUUUGGCUCAGCACUACUUGUUGAAGGGAGGUGUUACUGCUUUGAGAAGAGUCAAGAAGUCCGACAAUAACAGAAUUGCCCGUGCCACAGGCGCCACAAUCGUCAACCGUAUCGAGGACUUGAAGGAGUCCGAUGUGGGUAUCAAGUGUGGUCUCUUCAAUGUGGAGCUUAUCGGAGAUGAGUACUUCACCUAUCUCGUCAAGUGCAAGGACCCUCAAGCAUGUACUGUGUUGUUGAGAGGAGCAUCGAAGGAUAUCUUAAACGAGGUUGAGCGCAACUUGCAAGACGCUAUGGCGGUCACCAGAAACGUAAUGUUCGAACCAUCAUUGAGUCCUGGUGGAGGCGCCACAGAAAUGGCUGUGAGUGUCAAGCUUUCAGAAAAAGCCAAGACUAUCGAGGGUGUCGCUCAGUGGCCAUACCAGGCGGUCGCCGAUGCAUUUGAGGUCAUCCCAAGAACAUUGGUUCAGAAUUGCGGAGGUAAGCCAAUCCGCGUUUUGGCCCAAUUGAGAGCAAAGCACGCAGAGGGUGAACACACUUUUGGAAUUGAUGGAGAGUUAGGCAAGGUUGUGGACAUGAACGAUUACGGGAUUUGGGAACCGGAGGUGAUCAAGCAGCAAUCGAUCAAAACCGCAAUUGAAAGCGCUUGUCUCUUGUUGCGUGUGGAUGACAUUGUCAGUGGUGUUCGCCAGCAGGAGUAA